CUACUCUUCAAAGGAUGAAGACAUAAUACAAAAAAUUAAGCGUGAGCCCUCAUCUUUUUAAAUAUGUUGCAUUGAUCCCGUGGUCUUUAUUAUACAGCUUUGAUUACCUUUUCGCUUAUAAAAAAAAUAAGAAAAUAAACUCCAGGUAGUCCACCAGCAGAAUUCCAGCGAAUUACGAUUUCAUUACGGUUGUAUGGUGUAACAGUUAGCACGCGGGAUUCUGACUCUCGAAACGUGGGUGGGUUCGACUCCUCAGAAGGACCCUCGUUUUUGGCUCAGUCAAGGGAAUUCUGUAAUUGUGACAGAUAUUGCAAUUGUUCUUUCAUUUGUAUUAGAUUUAUCUGUUUCUCGAACGGAAACAAAUUAUGAAGAUCGUCGUUGCUGGAGGUACAGGCCUUUUGGGCCAGGCAAUUUGUAGAGCUGCAGUACAGAAGGGUUUGCAGGUGCAUGCUGUGUCUCGACACGGUAAAACGAAAGGUUUAGAAGACGCUUGGGCGAAUCACGUUUCUUGGCAUUCCAUUGAUGUACAAAACGAUACGAAAGCUCUUACGCCAUUGCUCAAGGAUUCUUCUUGUUUGGUAAAUACAAUUGGCAUCUUAAUGGAAAAUAAUUACAAGAAAAUAUUGAAGAAACCAUUUAGUGCUGGAAUACGUGCACUUAAGAAUUUUCCGUCUUUCCUUCCGAGCAAGGAUAACAACAAUCCUCUGAAAAACGAAAAGACUACAAAAUCCCCAGCGCAGAAAGGAUCACUGUUCAAGGCUAUCAAUGAAAACUUGGCAGUAAAACUUGGUGCUCUCGCCUCUCAGAAUAAUGUUCCAACUUAUUGCUACAUUUCCACCCACGGUUAUUUUCCAGGCAUUGACCCAGAAUACGUCAAUUCGAAACGCAGAGCCGAACAGCGCAUUCAGUCCAUUCCUAACCUUCGUUCCAUUUUUCUUCGUCCUAGCUUUAUGUACGACAGACACGCUCGACCUAUCUCUGAACCCAUUUCGCUACUCUUUAAAAUGACUUCUGGCUUGAAAGACGCUGUUUUCGGACCGAAAGCGGGUGUAGACAAUGCCCUUGUUGCUCCCCCAUUACCUACAGCAAGUGUCGGUGCAGCAAUUGUUGAGGCGAUUUGCGACCCGAGCGUACAUGGAGUCGUCUCUGUUAAUGACAUACUUCGUCUCGCUGAAAAAGCAACAUAAUUCUAUGCCUUGCAGUAUUUCUGCAAUUCGUGUUUCUGUUUAAGUAUUAAGAGUGUGCUUAGAACGAGCAAUUGUUCUAAUUAUCGCUAAUAGAAUUGGCAUCGGCAUUAGCACCAUUUGUUAUGAGACGCACUUUACACUAAUGAAUAAUUUAACGAAAAAUACGAUGUUAUGAAACCCA